CCAAAGUGACUGUCAGCUCGAACGAAGUUUCAGUCUGCUGAGCUGGUGCAAGGGUUAUGCAAUUUUUUGCAUGAAUGUUUGGGUUUUCAUUAGGCGAUGAUUUAAACGGGGAUAAAAACCAGUUCGCCUGAACAUCACGCUGUUUAUCGUUUUCUUAUCACUCAACAUGAAUCGAACCAGAGAUGAGGUAGACGACCUCUUGCAAAAGUCCAGAAUAUCCAGAGACAUGCAUCAGGAGGAAUCUGACUACAACCCUCAGCGCAACUAUAGGCCUAAUUCUGGUGAAGUCUUCCUUAGCGAGCCAGGACUUCAGACGUCUUCUUAUCAUUCUUCUGAUGUUGGUGGCGGUUCCAACUUGAUGAGCAAGGAUACCUCCUUGUACCAAAACUCUCCAACAUUGAAUUUGCCAGGGGCUUUCCCAACUAAUUCGCUCGAUGACAACAAGCGAAACAAUAACUCUUCACUUAGCCGUCGCGAGCAAACAGAAGAUUACAGUGGAAUGAACAAAAACAAAGGAUAUAGCACUGAUUAUACUGCUGGUCAAAUUGACAAUGAUCCGAUUUUGAGACUCAAAAAGGAUAUCACUUACCAGACAUCGCCUGGUGCCACAGGUGAUCUCAACUCCAAUCGCGCAACCGAUCAGAAAGAUAUUGAUCCCACUAAACGCAACCAAAGCCAAUCGAUUUCUCAACCCACGGAUGGAUCAUCAUUGAACGCUGGCUCUAAUGUUGGUGAUCUUAAACAAGAUUACACCGCUGGUCAGAUCAAUGAUGACCCCACCCUUGGAAAUAAGGGCUCGGCAGCAGCCAUCUCUGGCCCUGCAAACGCCCAGACUUUUGGAAGCACAGACAUGGCUAAUAACUCUAAAAGCACUGGUAAUGACACUGGCAUGGUUAAAACUUCUGCUGCCGCAGCCGCAGUAGGAGGCAUUGGUGCUAAGAUUGGUUCCAUACUCGGCCGUAGAAAGUCCAAAGAAACUGAACUUCCAAAGGACUCAAACCUUAACACUCAAACCCAAGAUUGGAAGCAAGGUACUGAUGGACGCAUGUCGAUGGAUACUCAACGCCCUGAUGUCUCUAGUGAUAGUGAACCUUUUGGAACGGAACAAUCUGGAUCCUGGAACAAGCAAGGACAACGUUACAGCCUCCCUGCCACAUCUUCGUCGUAUGACAAAGACCUAUCUGGAAACUUGAACAACCAAGGGAAAGACUCUGAUCUCUCUGGAGUUGAUACUUCCCUUGGAACUUACCAAACUGGAAACUUGGCAACUCAAGGAGACCGCGGUGAUCUCUCUGGAAUCAAAAACUCCCUUGCAACUGAUCAAUCUGGUAGCUUGAAGAUGCCUCAAGGACAGAGCGGAGAUCUCUCUGGAUUGAAAGAUACUCUUAAAACUGAUCAAUAUGGAAGUUCGACAACCCAAGGACAGAGUGGAAAUCUCUCUGGAAUGAAAGAUUCUCUUGACACUGACCAAUACGGUAGCUUGAAGAAGCCUCAAGGACAGCGUGGAGAUCUCUCUGGAUUGAAAGAUUCUUCUCUUGAUACUGAUCUUUAUAAGGACUCGACAACCCAAGGACAGAGAGGAAAUCUCUCUGGCAUGAAAGAUUCUUCUCUUGAUACUGAUCUUUAUAAGGACUCGACAACCCAAGGACAGAGAGGAAAUCUCUCUGGCAUGAAGGAUUCUUCUCUUGAUACUGAUCUUUAUAAGGACUCGACAACCCAAGGACAGAGAGGAAAUCUCUCUGGAAUGAAGGAUUCUUCUCUUGAUACUGAUCUUUAUAAGGACUCGGCAACCCAAGGACAGAGAGGAAAUCUCUCUGGAAUGAAAGAUUCUUUUGGAACUAAUCAAUAUGAUAGCUCCAAACCUCAAGGACAGCGUGGCGAUCUCUCUGGAACAGACGCUGCGCCUGGAACUGGUCUAUCUACCAAGUUAAAAAAUCAAGAUAACACUACAAAGCCUUAUGACUAUGAUGACUCUAAGCUCGAUACUCACAAGAAUCUAGCUCUGAACAAUGAAACAUCUUCCAAUGCAGCAACUUAUGGCAGCACUGAUGCCCCUUACGACUCUGGUAAUCUCGAUAAAGAAACUGAGCAGGAGCAACCUGAAAACCAUACUGGUGCCAAGGCUGUUGCUGCCGGUGCUACGGCUGGGGGCAUUGGAGCCAUGUUGAGCUCUGUUCUUGGUCGAAAGAAAUCUGCUGGUGACAUCAAUAACAAGACUGUUGAUAAUCAAGGAAGCAUGUCUUCAUCUGGCAAUAUGACUGAUGGCGAUAUGGCUAGUGGAAACUUAACAAGUGGCAACAUGCUUAAGGAAAAACCCUCAAGUGGAAGGAUGCCCAGUGGAGAUAUCAAGCCUAGUGGAAAAAUGUCUGUUGGAAGCAAGCCUAGUGGAAACUUGUCUGGCGGAAUUAUGCCUAGCGGAGACAUGUCUAGUGGAAACAUGCCUAGUGGAAGCAUGUCUGCAGGAAGCAAGCCUAGUGUUAACGCACCCAACGACAGCGUCUACCGUUCUGAUAAUUUGUCUACUGCAACAGGCAACAAACCACCAAACAUUACUACUAAUGAUGUCAGCUCUCCUAUGGUUGCAACAACCAACACAAAUGAUAGCCUCGGCGCUGGUGGCAUCAACAGCAGCAACAAGGGCGUCUCGGGAACCACUAACUUGAAUAUGAACUCACCUUCACCUGGCAAUAAAGAUCUUUCCACUCUUGGUAUUCAAACCAACCAGCCGGACUCCAUCAAGGGCAACCUGGAUAACAGUCGCGGAAUGAACACUCAAAAUGAUCGCCUUAACCGAAGCAACGAUACUGAAUAUCUCAAACCUCCCAGCGCGCGAUCAUUGACCAACAACAAUGAACCUAUUUCCAACGGUGAAACUGUCGUUGAUGACAAGAAAAGAAAUAAGGUCAGUGGUAUUGCUAGCUAUAUCUUCGGCCACGAGCUCAAGUUACAAGGCUCCUACAAGAUAUUCCUUUCCAAAUUUUUACAUAACGAAGCCAUGAAAAAUGAUGGGUUGGAACUCCAGCGCAAGGGAAGACAUAUUUUGGACACCUAUCGUAGGGCCCAACAGCAUAGCGCGCUUGUUUAAGUCAGUGAUAAUGUGAUGUUUCCUUCUUCUGUAUGUACAGAUUAUAUGUAGUUAGCCUUUGUCUGUAAUUAGCUUUUAACAAAAUAAUUAUCGUAUACUAAAAAACAAAAAGCAAAUCUGUGAAUUCGAACCAAAAAGCCCUUAUAUUGUCUAUAAUAUAGCUAGUGUUGUUAUCAGUCCCUUCUUUCUUACCUGUUUUUUUAUUUAUUUUGUUUUU